AUGGCUGCAGUUCGGCCUCAUACUCUGCAUAGCCUGGGACCGGUCCACCCCCCCAAAGUCGAGAAAAGGGCCAUCAAACCCUCCAUCGCGAGACAUGUCAACAUCCGCGUCAACGAUCCGCUCGAUCAUGACGCACCGGCCAUUCUACACGAACCUCGCAGUUAUAGCGCCGUCGAAGCCAAGGGAUCAGCAGUUGUACUUGUAUCGGGCGCUGGUGGGGGGGUGAGCGGACCAUCCGGGAUUUACGCAUCGCUUGCUGACAAACUUGCCCUACUACUUGGCAUCCCCUGCAUCCGACUUGACUAUCGACGACCAGCGAGGACGGAGUACUGUUCCGCCGACAUUGUAGCCUCUUUCACCUACCUGCGCGAGCACUUCAAUUCAUCGAGCUUCGUCCUCGUCGGCUGGUCCUUCGGCGGAAGCCCGUGUUUCACCGUCGCGGCCGAGCAGCCUGAGUGCGUCCGUGGCGUGGCUACUGUGGCCUCACAAACGGCUCAAACGACUGGGAUCCAAAAAUUGAGUCCGCGACCGGUCCUCUUGCUGCAUGGGACCGAUGAUACGGUGCUCUCGCCGACGUGCUCGGAGACUUUGUACAGGGAGUAUGGAAAUAAAGGUCCCAGGGAGUUGAAGCUGCUCCCCGGGGAUGAUCAUGGACUCACGAAGCAUGCGCCUGAAGUGGAAAAGAUGAUCUUUGAGUUUGCUGCUAAGACGCUUGGCUUUGAGAAGCUAUUAAACCAGAACACCAUCCUGGAGCAAGCGGGCGAGGAUCUGGUUGAGAGUAGGGAUGAGAGGAUUAGAGAGAUGGGUGAAGGGCAUGAUCUUGAGGGUGGCGAGAGGUUGUGA